CGACAGGUGGAACUCUUCGACGAAGGAACGAUCGCGGUGACGAUCGAUUACGCGAAGCUGCGGGAGAAGACGCAACACAUAAGUGAUUUACACGCGGCGUUGACGUGCGCGCCGAUGGAGUGCAUGGCGUGCUUGCGUUGCGCGGCGCACGAGGCGACGCUGGCGAGCGCGGAGGGACGAGCGAGGCUGCAGGACGCGUACGGGAUUCCAGCGAGUGAUUUACGCGUCGUGACGUCGAUGACGACGUGCGUGAAAUUAGUGAACUAUGAGGAGAGCAAGGUGAGAUUCGCGGCGAUGCGGAGUAACGUGGUCGGGCGAGUGGUGAGUUUGAAAGGGACGGUGACGCGCGCGGCGCCGAUAAAGCCCGCGGUGACGCACAUGGUGUUUGUGUGUCAGACGUGUCAGGAGCGGUCGAGGUGCACGUUCAAGGAUGGGAAAUAUCGUCCGCCGUUAGUGUGCUCGACCGAGCGAUGUCGAGGGAAGAAGUUUGUGCACGAGUUGAGCAACGUGGAGUGCGCGGAUUCGCAACGCGUUCGAAUACAAGAAAUCGCCGACGACGGGGUGAUGAGCGAGGAGGGACGCGUACCGAGAUUUAUGGAUUGCGAGUUGCGAGGCGCACUGACGGAUUCAUGCGCCCCAGGAGACGUGGUGACGAUGCUGGGGGUCGUGGAGAGCGAUACGGUUGACGGCGGCGGCGGCGGCGCGCUCGCUCGGGGACGCAACCAGGCGCUCAGCGAGUUGUACUUGAACGCAUGGUCUUGCACAGUGUCGCGUGGCAAAGGUGACAGCGAGGAUGCAUCUGAAGACGACGUAGAAACGACGACGGCACCGACGUUGUCUACACAAGAUUUAGAGUUCAUCGCAGAUUUCAGUCAGCAAGAUGGGGAAGAAAUCGUGCGAACGCUCGUGCACUCUCUGUGCCCUCAAAUCUUUGGUCACGACGUUGUCAAGCUCGGACUCUUGCUUUGCCUCUUUGGCGGUGUGCGCAAAUCUGUCACCGGUUGUGGAAAAGUCCCUACCCGUGGGUCUUUACACUGCCUCGUCGUCGGCGAUCCGGGUCUCGGGAAGAGCCAAAUGCUCAAAGCCGUGUCAAAUCUCGCGCCGCGAUCGAUUUACGUGUGCGGUCGAACCGUCUCUGCCGCCGGUCUCACGGCGGCCGUGGUGCGUGAUCCGGGGACCGGAGCGCAAACGUUCGAAGCGGGUGCCGUAGUUCUCGCUGAUCGAGGCGUGUGCUGCGUCGACGAGUUUGACAAGAUGCCAAACGAGCAUCAAGCCUUACUCGAAGCUAUGGAGCAGCAGAGCGUCUCGGUGUGCAAAGCCGGCCUCAACGCCACGCUUCCCGCGCGCACGUCCAUCAUCGCCGCGGCGAAUCCCGUGCAAGGGCAUUACAAUCGCGGGAAAACCGUGAAUGAAAAUCUGAAAAUGUCCGCACCGUUACUCAGUCGAUUCGACUUGAUUUUCAUCUUGUUGGACACCGUCGACGAAGUCUUGGACGAGCACUUGAGCGAGCACGUCAUCGCGCAGCACAGUGGUAGACACAGCCAAGCGCGUCGCGCACAAGCGCGACAAAACUUGCACGCAUACUAUAACGAGGUAGAUGCCGAUGGACGAGCGUUGGAGGACGCCACAGAGCGCGCGUUCACGCAAGAUUUGCGCGACGACGCCGCGCCGUACGUUCCGCUACGUUCGCGUUUGCGCGUCGUCGACGAGGCCAUGGAAAUUCUGUCGCACGACGUCAUGCGGAAGUAUAUUUCUUACGCUCACGCGUACUGCCAUCCCAGACUCACCGGUGAGGCUGCCGAGAUAUUGCAAACGUUUUAUCUCGAGCUGCGCUCUCGAGCGCCCGCCGACGGUACGCCGGUGACAGCUCGCCAACUCGAAUCCCUUGUGCGGCUCGCCGAGGCUCGCGCGCGCCUCGAACUUCGAACCGAGGUCACCGCAAACGAUGCCAAAGACGCCGUGGAAGUCAUCAAAGCUUCUCUCAUCGACGCACUGAGUGAUCAGCACGGGCGUUUACGUUUCAACCGCGCCGGCGGGAAAUCAACCAAGCGGAGCAAAACGAAACUCUUCAUCGAAGCCAUGAACGCGCGUACGGCGUCCAACGACUCGGCUUACUUCAGCAUCGGCGACCUCCACGCCCUGGCCGACGAUUUAAACCUCGGUAUCGCCGACAUCGACGGCUUCAUCGAAGGUUUAAACAUUGCCGGCGAACUCCUCAAAUGCGGGCGUCUGUACAAGAGCGCGAGCGCGUCGUCCGCGGAGACCCCGGGCAAGCGUCGACGAUGA